ACAAAUUAACUUGACUAAAUUAACAUUGUUGCGUUAAUUUGGUGACAUCAUCCAAUACGCACGUCACAGAAAAUGAUGUCGUCCAAUCAUGUUAAAUGGUAGUUCUAUGCUAAGAACGACAUACUCAAGUGAAUUUUCCCAUUCAACGACUACUAACGGGCGCCCAACGCGCUUCUAUGAUUUCGUAAGUUUUCAAGAGAAGUCAAUUGACAAACUCCUUCCUCGCUGCUUUCCACAUUUUGCGUUGCACAUUUCACCACAUCGUAUUCUCGAUUACGAAAGAUCUGCUUUGGGUUUUCCUCCGACUGGUGCAGAAUACAGUGACUCAGAGCAGCGGAAAGACCCGACUGGUGUCGAAGACGCGAAAUUUGAAGAAGAAGAAGAAGGUCACGGUGAUCAUCCAGAUACGCAGGAAGAUCAGGAAACAGACGAGGGAACACUGUCUAUUCCCCAGAUAAAGAAAAGAAAUUCAUUCGCCAAAGAUUUAGUUUUGCCUGAAAAAAUCGAGGGAUCAAAAAAUUUGAAUAAAAGAAAGAUGAGCAAAUCAUCACAAAAUUUUGUGGAUGAAGUGACCAAAAAUAUAUACAAAAGUACUGCCCACAGAGCGGCUGAGGAAUAUGCAUUGACUAUACCUAAACGGCCUGCUGUUCUUCCCAAAAUCAUUGGUAACAAUGAAGACAGAGAAUUGUAUCAUUCAAUCUAUCCUAGGAUUGGAAACUGGAAAACGGAAGUCGUGCCAAAAGCUUGGGAACGAGGUCAGGAGCGACCUUUAUACGAAGCUCCGAGGAGAAAGCAGUCUUUCGCCACGAGAUUAAGAUCAAGCAAAGGUAAGACAAUGCUCAUCGAUAAGCGUGAACAACCGGCAAAUGAAACGACUUUGAAGAAAGAUACGGAACAAGUACAUACACGUCCCUUCCCUGGUUAUGGUGGCUUUGUACCUAAACUUCCGGUCAUUCCCAGUCCACAGCAAGAUCUUCCUUUGAUGCAGUCCACUUAUAGUGCCACAUAUGGAAACGGUUACAAAGAGUUGUUAAGGAUUCAAGAAUAUGCCCACAAAGGUCCCCUAUCUAAAGUCGUGAGCCCUACCUUCCCCUAUAAUCCAUUUAACAAGGCCAAAGAGAAGUUUCACCCGACAAGCGCUUUGUUCGCUAUCCAAUUAGAAGGUAUAUGAUGUAGGAUUGUGCCGCUGACCAUUUUAUUAAAUUGGUGAUCAAAUUUAAUUGUUAUUGGUGUGAGUUUCGUUCAAAUGAAACUAGCUACAUGUCAAAAUUGUAGUGAUGAUGAAGCAUGUAAUUUUUAAUGCAGAAAUGAAAAAACUGAAAGUAAAAUAACAUUUAUAGUAAACACAUGCUAACUAAGGUGAUGUUUCAUUGGCGGGAACAAAAAAAACUGAAAGUAAAAUAACAUUUUAUGUAAACAUAUGCUAACUAAGGUGAUGUUUCAUUGGC